AUGUCGAUACGGGAGAGUAUAUUGAGUAUCGGGUCACGAAUGGUUCAGAGAUUGGAUGACGACAUAAAUUUCGAUGUCAUGACUUACGAAGAACUGCAACAGAUGCAGGACGAUAUUUUGCAGAAGAUAUGGAUGAUGACUCUGGAGAACGACGUGUACGAGCGAUAUAUCACGCGACACGAUCCUCAAAUUAUGAAAACCAUAAUACAUCUGUUGGAGAGGUCGAAAUUCGCACGAAGACUAACGGCGCAUCUAGCAUCGAAGACGUCGCACAUGAGUUUUCGUGAAAGCAUCAUGAGCAUCCACGACAUUGGCAAACACAGCAUUACCAGCGCGACCAGCAUGACCAGCAUCUUAUCCGGAAGUCGACUAGGAACAUCAAGCAUCUUCACAAUGAGAACUCAGAGUGAGAGUGCAAAAAUAACUAUGGCGCAUCGUAUACUGAUGGCGAACAAAGAGGUCGAAGAGAUGAGGAAGAAGCUGGAGGAUUUUACGGAAGCAGUGAGGAAGAGAAAAGCGCAUAUGAGGGCUGAGAUAGAGGAACUCCAGAUCCGUACUAGCGAGGUGCACGAGGCGAAGGAAGAGUUCGAAGAGGAGGUCGUGGUCAAAGGCGUCGAUCCCAUCACUGGGAAAAUUCCAGCGGAAAGAGUCAUCAGGUGGUUGCACUAA